CCGCCACACCCAAGAUGGCCCCCAGGGGCGGCCGCAGCGGCGUGGUGGGCGCUGGGCGGGGAGUCCACAGGCCAUCGCCUCACGUGAGAGCUGAAAAGGGAAGAAGCGGGACGGCGCUGGACACUGAAAUAGGUGGGCUCCCACCCGCUCCCCGCUACCGCCGCCUCGGCAGCGGCGCGUUCCAAAGCGCCGGUUACUCCGCUCCGCCGGAGCUCCGGAGGAAAGGGCGGCAGAACUACAAGUCCCAGCGUGCACCGCGGCGCGGCGCCAGCGGCGAGGGUCCGGCGGGGACGCGGGGGCUGCCGAGAUUUGUAGUCCCGCGCGUUGGUGUGGGACGGGUCCGCCACGGGAGCCGCGCUGAGCUUUUCCACCAUGAGGACGCGAUACCUGCUCCCCGCUCUGCUGAGCCUCUCGCUGGCGCUGCCGGGGCCUGGCGAUGGAGCCAUUGUCUUGUCAGUCCCUGAAGUGGUUUCUCUAGAAAGUGGAAGUUCAACAAAUGUCACCAUCUCUCUGAGGGCUCCACUAAAUGAAACACUGGUGAUAACUCUUAAUAUUACACAUUCCUCAAAACACAGCACCAUUGUUGAACUUCCUGAUGAGGUACAGUUCCCUGCAGGUCACACUAAAGCAGACUUCCAAGUGAAAGCAGAUGAUGUGGGACAAGUAACAGUUUACCUUUAUGCCAAUAAUUCCAACUUAACUGGGCCUAGGAUUCAAUUUCAAGUGAUUCACAGCAUCAUAGUGAGAUAUGCUGAUGAGGUGAUUGGCUGGAUCUAUUUCCUCGCCUGGUCCAUCUCCUUUUAUCCUCAACUCUUUGAGAACUGGCGACGGAAAAGUGUUGUUGGACUAAGCUUUGACUUUUUAGCAUUAAACCUUACUGGCUUUAUAGCAUACAGUGUGUUUAAUGUUGGGCUCUUCUGGAUUCCCUUGAUUAAGGAGGAAUUCCUGGUCAGUUAUCCCAGCGGGGUGAACCCUGUGGCCAUCAAUGAUGUUUUCUUCAGUCUCCACGCAGUAGCCCUGAGUCUCGUUGCCAUCAUUCAGUGCUGCAUCUACGAGAGAGCAGGUCAAAAAGUAUCCAAAGUUGUUGUUGGACUCCUGGCACUUGCAUGGAUCUUCACCUUCACAACGCUGUUCCUGGCUGCAGCUGAGGAGAUGACAUGGCUGCAGUUCUUGUUCUGCUUCUCCUACAUUAAGUUGGCAGUCACACUGAUAAAAUACUUCCCACAGGCCUACAUGAAUUUCCGUCGGAAGAGUACUGAGGGAUGGAGCAUUGGAAACGUGUUCCUGGACUUCACUGGUGGAAGCUUCAGCCUCCUCCAGAUGUUUUUGCAGUCAUACAACAAUGAUGAGUGGAGGUUAAUCUUUGGAGAUCCAACCAAGUUUGGCCUGGGUGUCUUCUCCAUUGUAUUUGACAUUGUUUUCAUGGCCCAGCACUACUGCCUGUACAGGAGACGAGGCUAUGAACCCUGUGAAUAACAAACACCACCUGUGGAGACUAAAACUUUAAACUGAACUUGUCCCUACCCUGAUCCUCUCUGGGCUGGAACACAAACUUGCCUUGCCAAGCACUGACUGCCAGAUGCCUUAAGGACAGCAAGCUCUCAGCUGCACAUGGGACACUCGUGCCUGUUGAAGCUGCACACACAGUCAGUGGGAGCUGUCCAAGCAACACAUGGCUCUUUUUUCACCAACCACAGGGAAGAGAAAGACUAAAGUGAUGUCUUUCUGAUUGGAGGUGAAGCACAAAGAGCAGAAUUCUGUCUUCCAAAAAAUCUGAGAUCACGUUUAAGCAACCACUUACUAUUUUUAAGUAAUGACUGAAGACUGUCUGUGGAUCCAAGUGCUGCUGCUGACCUUUCCCAGACAGCUCACAGUCCACCACCACUCAGGCUGGCCACAGUGGUACAUCACAAUAAUGAGGUUGGUAACAAAUGCACAAAUAUUACAAUUUGAACUCUUUAUUAAAAAAAAAAUCCUAUCAAACAGAAACUAUAUUCUUAUUUCACUGAAAGCACUUUCAAAAGUGGUA